UUGUCCUAACAUAACAAGAGGCUAAGCAAAAACAUGGACUCCAAAAAUUAAGAGCCUCUCCAUGGAAGAAGAAAAUUGUAGUAAUUUGGAGGAAACACAUCAACAAAAGGAUAAUCUCAACAAAGAAUCUCUAUAAAAACUGAAUUAAAUUUCCCAGUCAAAACCUCAAUCUUCAACUACCCCCCAUUCUUCUCGUUUUUCUUGUUGUUGUUAUCUCCCAAAUUCUCAAUCAAUACAUUUUGUUCAAUUUUCAUGCCAAUUUUCAACAGUUAUGAAGAAAAGGUCACACUCACAUCAUCAUCAACAGAAAAUUGCAGAGAACAUGGGCUGAAUUGUGUUGUUUGGGUUGCUCCUCCAUACAGCUUUUUUGGGCAAGAGUGGUUAUGCGUAAAUGGCUUAAUAUUGGUAGCAGUCAAUCUGAUUAUAGUGCUGAUCCUGAAGAUGAAGAUGAUGAUGCGGAUUAUGAUCAAGAUGAUCCUCAAAAUUAUUUACAAAAUGAAGUAUGGGGAAGACAAUCACCGUUUAUGGAUGGCACAGGUGUUGAUGCUCCACCUGAAUCAAAUGACUUUGUUCCAAGGUUAAGGAAACAGAAGUCAUCGACUUAUAGAUCUCAGUAUAUUAACACAAAGGAACUGAGGGUAUGUGCUGCGACAUGGAAUGUUGGAGGAAGGCUUCCACCUGAUGACCUAGAUAUUGACGAGUGGCUCGGUGUCGAUGAACCAGCUGACAUCUAUGUCCUCGGUCUUCAAGAGCUUGUACCCUUAAAUCCCGGCAAUAUUUUUGGUGCUGAAGAUACUCGUCCUGUUUCAAAAUGGGAGAAUAUUAUUCGGGAAGCACUUAAUAGAGUCCAACCUUCAGUAACGAAGACCAAAUGUUUCAGUGACCCUCCAUCUCCAUCAAAAUUUAAGCCAUCAGAUGAUGGCCCUGAUAUAGAAGAAGAAAUAUUAUUCGAAAGUGAUAGUGACAUCGGCGAGGAAGUCCAUCCUUUGGAUGAAUCACAGAAUAUUCCUGAUGGUAGUACUACAAGCAAAAUCAUGAAUACCAGUUUACUGGAUUCUGACAUUACUGAUAGUGCCAAUUCUAGUGUCCCAAUUGUCACCGAUUAUAGAAGACAAUAUACUUUUCCAAAGAAGUUCGAUUGGCCGCAAAGUCCGUCAGAAAACUGGGAUGCUUCAAUUUCCCAAAAGACCAAAAAACUAACCAGAAUGCUAAGUGGAUCUGAAAGGAUUGGCUUGAGUUGGCCGGAGCCUCCAUUACAUCUAGUAUCUCAGAGAGUUUUGGAGAGACCGACUUCUUUUAAAUCAUUCAAAUCCUUUAAGUCAUUAAAAUCAUUCAAAACAUAUAAUGCUUUCAAGUCAAUUAUGGAUGAAAUGCCGGGAAUGGGUUUGCUUCCUGAAAUUGACCUUGAAGCUUUAAUAAAGCGGAAAAGAAGAUCUCCAUAUGUAAGGAUUGUUAGCAAGCAAAUGGUCGGAGUUUUCAUCACCGUAUGGGUUCGCCGGAGUUUACGGAAACACGUUCACAAUUUAAAGGUCUCAACCGUAGGUGUUGGCAUUAUGGGAUAUAUUGGUAACAAAGGAUCAGUAUCUGUCAGCAUGUCCAUAUAUCAGACACUUUUUUGUUUUAUAUGCACACACCUUACAUCCGGGGAAAAGGAAGGAGACGAGCUUAAACGAAAUUAUGAUGUUCAUGAAAUACUGCGCAGAACACAUUUUCAUUCACCUUCUUAUGUUGGGCUUCCAAAAGGAAUCCUCGACCACGAAAGAAUAAUUUGGUUGGGUGAUUUGAAUUACCGUCUCAACUUAUCAGAUGUGGAAACAAAAGCUCUUAUCUCGAAAAAACAGUGGUCGAAAUUGGCUGAAAAAGAUCAGCUCAUGCGAGAAAUCGAGAACGGUGCAUUUGUUGGAUGGUCAGAAGGGGUGUUAAAUUUUCCACCGACUUAUAAAUACGAGGUUAAUUCAGACAAGUACUACGGAAAUGACCCAAAGGCUCCAAAGCGUACACCAGCAUGGUGUGAUCGUGUUCUCUCAUACGGAAAAGGAUUGAAAUUACAGAGUUACAGAAGGACUGAGCUUAAAUUAUCAGAUCACAGACCCGUGACUGCUACAUAUAUCGUUGAAGUUGAGUUGUUCUCACCUAGGAAGCUACAGCGAGCCUUAACAUUCACGAACGCAGAGAUUGAAAAUGAAGAAGCCAUUAAACAUUUAGUUAGUUGGAAAUAGCUGCUUAAUUUGAACAGGGAUUGUAAAGGACAUUGAUUAUUUCCAGAAUUUCAAUUUCAAGGAGCAUCAGUCAUAGCUGCUGCAACUUCUAACACAGAUUGCCAACCACUAAAUAUAAUUUUUUUUUUCUUUUUGGUUUUCUACUUUCAACAUUUAAUGAGGAAAUAGUUUCAUUUUUAUCUUUUAGAAUCUUUCCAAUAGGAUUUAGGUUUAGAUGUUUGAAUGGUUGUAUCCUAUAUAUAUAUAUAUAUAUAUAUAUAUAUAUAUAUAUAUAUGUAAUUGUGUGAUUGAGGUGUGUAUUAUUAUGUGUUGAAAGUGAGAAAAAUAUACAUAAGAAGUAGAAUCUUGAGUUCACAGGUUCUGAACUUGCCUUAUAUCAGAGUCUUGGGUUCACAGGUUCUGAAUUUGUCUUAUAUCAGAGUCUUGAUCAAAACUAAUAUGGAUGAACACUUUCAGAGUUGUUGACUUGAUAUAGACAAUAAUCCUUUGAAGUAGAAUCUUCAAAACUGUUGAUGACGCUUCUUCAAAAGUUUCAGAGUCAUUCCUUAUGACAGAUUCUGCAUGCUUCAAAUUGCUCCGGUCUUUAGAAUCUUGUUGAUAUUUGAAUAAGGUUGGUCAUUCGAAAGACUUAAGUUGACUUUUUAGAGUCUGAAGGCUUUGGCUCUGAUUCUUCAGAAGAUUCAGAACAACAUUGCUUCUCUUUAAUGGUUCUUAUAAGUGAUUAACUUGAUUUGUAUCAAGAUUAACGUCUUUUGAUCCUACACACUAGAAUAACCAUUAAUAAUUGUUCUUUAAAUAAUUUUUUAUCAUCAAAAUCUUUUAAGGGCAUGAACAAAUCUUGUUCCAACAUGUGUAAGAUCUUUAAAUAAGAGUUCUACAUAUUUAUAGAAAUAAAGACUUAUUUUUA